UAAAUCUUAAAUACUUCACAUCUUAAUAUUUAAAGGGGAAGAGUGAAAAUCAUCAAUUACAUUACUUUGACUUGUAUCGAAUACAACGAAGAUUUCAUCUCAUCGCUCAUGUUUGUUCUGCUUGAUAUCGUAUUUUGAUUUUCCUUACAAUCAGGAAAGAAUCAUUUUUAUCCAUUCGUUUAUUAAUAUUACAUGCGCAAUCGGCGAGAGGAUAGAAGAUAGAAGACGAUGUCCAUGCGAUCCCAUGAUUGCGCGAUCGUUGAAUAACGGAAAUUAUUAUUAUUAUUAUUAUCCGAAUUUAUCGACGUGCGUUUUGAACAUCAGUAAAAGUGGAACAGUUUUUGCGCAAGGUUAGGCUCCCGCGCGAUACGAAUGCGAGGUUAGUCGCUCGCAAAAUAUCAAGAACCGCCGCGGAGUUACCACGUCGACAAGUACCGGCGGUUCCACGUGCAGCUCCACGAGUGGCUGCGAACAUGAUUCUUUAUCACUUGAUGUAAGGAUGUACAGCUCGUUAGUGCAAUCCUCCUCCCUGCAUGGACGCCUAUAAUCCUGUUUAUAAAUAUGCUGUUACUAAUAGCUAUAUGUAAAGUACUCUGUAUACUGGUUCUUUUACCAAUUUUAUUGAUAAAAUGGAGAAAGUAUUAUUCAAGAAAGCGCGAGGAAAGACAACAAAGUGGAACAGUUGUUGGAAUCUUUCAUCCAUACUGUAAUGCGGGUGGAGGAGGCGAAAGAGUGCUUUGGGCUGCAGUUAAAGCUAUACAGAACAAAUAUCCUGACGUACACAUAGCUAUAUAUACUGGCGAUCUUGAUGCUGAUCCUGAAAAGAUUCUUAAUAAAAGCGAAAAAACAUUCAACGUGAAAUUACGACCCAAUAUCGAAUUUGUUUAUUUGCAUGGGCGAAAAUGGGUGGAAGCCUCGACAUAUCCUUAUUUUACACUUUUGGGGCAAAGCCUAGGAUCCGUCUGCUUGGGCAUCGAGGCAUUAAACAGUCUUCCACCAGAUAUAUACAUCGACACGAUGGGUUAUGCGUUUACAUAUCCUUUAUUUAAAUAUAUCGGAGGCUGCCGAGUCGGAUCGUAUACGCAUUACCCCACGAUUUCGACUGAUAUGUUAAAAUAUGUCUACAAAAGAGUUAUCUCACAUAACAAUCGAAAAAUCAUCGCUAGAAAUCCGUUUCUAUCAGGAGCAAAGAUCCUUUACUAUAAAUUAUUCGCACGUUUAUACGGCUUGGUUGGUAGUUGCGCGGAGACCGUGAUGGUAAACUCCUCAUGGACCGAAGAUCAUAUCAACUCUAUUUGGAAAUGUCCGUUGAAAACGCAUCGAGUGUAUCCGCCGUGUAGUGUGGAACAUUUGAUUGAACUGCCGCUCCUCAGCGAUGACGCAAAGGGUGACUGCAUACGUAUAGUGGCAAUCGCGCAAUUCAGGCCGGAGAAAAAUCAUCCGCUUAUGCUGAGGGCUAUGUUCGAGUUAAGAUCUAUCCUUAAAGAGGAGGUCUGGGAAAAGGUCAAGUUAAUUUGCAUCGGUUCCUGUCGAGAUGCUGAAGAUGAAAAGCGUGUUAAGGAUAUGCAAGAUUUAGCUAAACACUUGGCUUUAGACGAAAAUGUCGAAUUCAAAUUAAAUAUACCGUACUCUGAACUCGUAUCCGAAAUGCAAAGAGGAACGAUUGGCCUACAUACAAUGUGGAAUGAACAUUUUGGUAUCAGCAUUGUGGAAUGUAUGGCUGCGGGAUUAAUUAUGGUGGCUCAUGCCUCAGGUGGACCGAGAGCAGACAUCAUAGAAACGCAAGCGGGUAGUAUAACUGGUUUUCUAGCAGAAGACGAAGUAGAAUAUGCCAAGGUUCUGGCGUACAUCAUACAAAUGCAUCCAGAUGAUCGAAAUGUUAUUAGAGUUGCUGCUAGAUCAUCUGUAAAUCGUUUCUCAAGCCAGAUUUUUGAGAAGGAAUUCCUACGGGCGAUCGAGCCGUUUUUCAGACCGAAACAGGAAUAGUUUCGCUGCCUUGCAAUUUCUCGAAAAGACGAAUAUAUGUGUGAAUGUCAUAUUUUAAAAUCAGAAUGUACUUUUUCAGUACAUGUUAUCUUUUACGUGUAAUAGAGAGUGUAUGUGUAUAACAAAGAAGAACGUUUUCUAUGUGAUAAAUCUGUAUAUUUAGUUGGUUAAAAACUUUUUGCUUGAUGUCCAUUAACUUUAUGAUACAGUACAUUGAACAAUCAUAAUUUAGCAAACAUUACAGCAUAUUGUAUAUAUUAUGAUGCUUGUUAAUGAACUGUAUUAUUUAAACGAUUUUAAUAUUCUUAUAAAAGUCUAGAUAUACUAUUGAAAAUUUAUGAAAGUAUGUGUGAAUAUCGAUGUUGCAACUUGCAACAAUAACGUGCAAAAACCAACAGAAUCAAUAAAACAUUUAAUAAAUGA